AGAGCAGUCCUGCACCCACAAGCCUCAGGAGACCCCACUCUGGAGCUAUGACUGCCUAGCCUCCUGCCUUUUAUAAGCCAGUCAGUCACAUACUGGGACUGUUUUAUUCGCAGCAGCUGUGCCAUAGAAAAGCACUGAUAUUUGGAUUAUAGGGGUUUUACUCGGUGAAGGUAAAGAGAAAUGGGGUUGUGGACAAGGUUAUUUUUCUUUUUGCAGGUGCUGCUGCAGUUGUACAUAUGUGUGCAAGCCCAGAACUCAGUCUAUGACCUCCUCGCAUCACCGGAGUGUUUGCCAGACCUGCUCCAGGGAGGACUGAAGGCCCAGUCUGUGAAUGAGGCUUUUAUUCUGACCUCAUUCAAGCUGCAGCCCAAGACUGGGAUCACAGUGUUUGGCCUUUAUAAUCCCAGGGACAAUGGAAAAUAUUUUGAGUUUACAGUUUUGGGAAAGCUCAACAGAGCGACUCUGCGCUACCUGAGGAGUGACAGACGGAUGAGCACCAUCAGCUUCAACAACGUGCCGCUGGCCGACGGGCGUCGCCACACCCUCCUGUUCCGCUUCAAGGGCCUGCAGCACGGCUCCAGGGGAGUGGAGCUCUACGUCGACUGCCGGCUCGUCGAGACGGUCGCCGACUUGCCGGCGGUCUUCCAGGGCCUUCCGGCAGGGCCCCCUGCGGUGGAGCUCAAGUCCAUGCAAAGGCGACCCCAAGAGGAGCUGGAAGAACUGAAGCUUGUGAUUGGAGAUUCAUUUGAAAAUGUUGCUUCCUUACAAAACUGCUACUUUCAACAGAGCGACGCAGUGCAAAUUUUGGGUGUCAAUACAAAGCAACUGUCCAAUCAAAUGCUUGACCUCACCAAGGUCAUUGCUGAAUUAAAAGACAUCCUCACCCAGCAGGUCAAAGAGACUUCUUUCCUGAGAAAUACCAUUUCAGAAUGUCAGGCCUGCGGACUGGGAGGCACAAGUAAUGUGAUAAAGCCAAAGUGUGGCUCUGGAGUGUGUUUCCGGGACGACAUGUGCUUUGAGACAGCAGAAGGGGUGGAGUGUGGGCCCUGUCCAGAUGGAUACACUGGCGAUGGAUUCAGCUGUGAUGACGUGGAUGAGUGCCAGUUCAACCCCUGCUUCCCUGGAGUGCACUGUGUCAACACAGCCCCAGGCUUCAGGUGUGAGGCCUGUCCUCGAGGCUACACUGGGCAGAUCCUCGAGGGAGUGGGCAUCAUCUAUGCACAAACACACAAACAGGUGUGUGACGAUGUCGAUGAGUGCGAAGGGCCGAACAACGGUGGCUGUGCAGACAAUUCUAUCUGUCACAACUCUGCGGGAUCGUACCACUGUGGAAGCUGUAAAGAAGGCUACGUAGGUGACCAGGUGAAGGGCUGCAAGCCUGAGAAGAGCUGUGGAAACAGCCUGCAGAACCCGUGUGAUGAUAAUGCGCAAUGCACGACCGAGAGAGAUGGCAGCAUCAGCUGCACGUGUGGAAUUGGCUGGGCUGGAAAUGGCUACCUGUGCGGCAAAGACACCGAUAUCGAUGGCUAUCCCGACGAGAAGCUGAAGUGCAAAGACCCAAGCUGCAGAAAGGACAACUGCAUCUUCGUCCCCAACUCAGGGCAGGAGGACGCAGACAGGGACGGGCAUGGGGACGCGUGUGACGAGGACGCGGACGGAGACGGAAUUAUAAACGAGCAGGACAACUGCUUCCUGAAGCCGAACGUGGAUCAGCGGAACAGCGACAAGGACAGCCAUGGAGACGCCUGUGACAACUGCCGCUCAGUGGUGAACCCAGACCAGCGGGACACGGACGGGGACGGGAAGGGUGACGCUUGUGACGAGGACAUGGACGGGGACGGUGUGAAGAAUUUCCUGGACAACUGCCAGAGGGUCCCCAACCGUAACCAGCUGGAUAGAGACAGCGAUGGAGUAGGGGAUGCUUGUGACAGCUGCCCAGACAUUCCCAAUCCCAACCAGUCGGAUAUUGACAACGACCUUGUUGGAGACUCCUGUGACACUAACCAAGACAGCGAUGGCGACGGGCACCAGGACUCCAACGACAACUGUCCCAACGUAAUCAACAGCUCACAGCUGGACACGGACAAGGAUGGCAUUGGGGACGAGUGUGAUGAUGAUGACGACAAUGACGACAUCCCUGACUUCCUUCCGCCUGGACCAGACAACUGCAGACUGGUGCCCAACCCUGACCAGAUUGAUGAUAAUGGCGAUGGAGUGGGAGACGUCUGUGAAUCAGACUUUGACCAAGAUAAGGUGAUCGACAGAAUCGACAUCUGCCCAGAGAAUGCAGAGGUCACCUUGACUGACUUCAGGGCCUAUCAGACUGUAGUGCUGGACCCCGAGGGUGACGCCCAGAUCGACCCCAACUGGGUUGUCCUCAAUCAGGGUAUGGAGAUUGUACAGACAAUGAACAGUGAUCCUGGACUUGCAGUAGGUUACACGGCCUUCAGCGGGGUGGACUUUGAGGGCACGUUCCACGUGAACACGGUGACGGACGAUGACUACGCCGGCUUCAUCUUCGGCUACCAGGACUCGUCCAGCUUCUACGUGGUGAUGUGGAAGCAGACUGAGCAGACGUACUGGCAGGCCACGCCCUUCCGAGCUGUGGCAGAGCCCGGCAUUCAGCUCAAGGCUGUAAAAUCCCAGUCUGGACCAGGAGAACACCUGCGUAAUUCCCUCUGGCACACAGGAGACACUAACGACCAGGUGCGGCUACUGUGGAAGGACCCGCGGAAUGUGGGCUGGAAAGACAAGGUCUCCUACCGCUGGUACCUCCAGCACAGGCCCCAGGUCGGAUACAUCCGGGCCCGAUUCUACGAAGGCACACAGCUGGUGGCAGAUUCUGGCGUGACGAUUGACACAACCAUGCGAGGAGGACGACUGGGCGUGUUCUGUUUCUCUCAGGAAAACAUCAUCUGGUCCAACCUCAGAUACCGCUGCAACGACACCAUCCCUGAUGAUUUCCAGGCAUUCAAUGUGCAGCAGACUGAUGAACCUCUUUAAACUGAUGCAGAGGACAGAGUAAUGAUGAAGCAAUGGGACCAGAGGGGAGAAGUCCUGAACUAACUCCUGAUGAAAGCACAUACGCACACUACGCAUUAGGAAAGGGUUUUCUGUGCACAGAUCCAACAGUGCCUUUCACAUCUGCCAUCUUAGGAAAGGCAUAGUGCAUUGGCAAGUUCAUAUAUAUAUAUAUAUAUAUAUAUAUAUAUAUAUAUAUAUAUAUAUAUAUAUAUAUAUAUAUAUCAUGGAAAAUGAUGCACACAUUCCCUUUACACUUUAUUUCCAAAAACAUAAUUGUAAGGUUGUACUCCAAAAUAUCUGUUAUCCAGAGGAAGGACAUUCAGAUCAAAUCAGUGUACAUUAAGCUAUGUAGAGAAUGAUAGAACACAAAAGUCAAGAUAGUAUUGAAGUACUGAUGUAGCAUUAAAAAUUGAGGGAAUGUGGAAAUUAUGUAAAUCAUUUUCCUAAAUUAAUUUCAAUCAGAAUUCAUAUAAAAAUUCAUAAAAUGUAUAUCCAUGUUGUUUGAAAAACUGAUACACUUGUCUUCAAAAUGUUUUUUAUUGAAAUUUUAAAUAAAAAAAACUAUUAAAACAUU